AAUGCCAAAUCCUGGAGGAUAAAAUUAGGUAAUAUUACAUGGGCCUUGCUUAAAGGAUGUUUAGAUUUUCGACAAAGCUAGCACAUUGUCAAAUAAAGACAAAUCUUUAAUUUAUAGAAUUUCCAAUAAAAGGGCUGUACACCAUGGAGAACUGGAAGAGCUGGCCUAUCUGGUUCCUGUUGUUUGCCUAUGUGUUCUUUGUCAGUACGCUCUUCCUGAACUUUCUACAGCUUCUGAGCCUCAUCAUUUGGCCAUUUGACAAAACCCUGUACAGGAAAGUCAACUACUACCUGGCGUAUGCCUCGUGGUGUCAGUUCACAAGCGUUGGACAAUGGUGGGCAGGAUGUGAGUGUGUGUUACACAUGGACCCCGAGGAAAGGAGGCACCUGGCCCGAGAACACAUGAUGGUCAUUAUGAACCACAAGUACGAGAUUGACUGGCUCAUGGCCUGGAUCCUGGCCGAGAGAAUCCGGAUGCUGGGGACAACAAAGAUCUAUGGGAAGAAAGUCCUCCAGCUGAUUCCUCUGAUUGGCUGGGCCUGGUGGUUCACAGAGUCGCUGUUCCUGAAGAGGGACUGGACCAAGGAUAAACAGAUUAUCCAGGAGGGAGUCCGGACAGCUGUGGAGUAUCCAGACAACUACUGGGUCACUCUUUUACUUUUCCCUGAAGGAACCAGACUGACAAACCAGAAACUGGAAAACAGCCACAUUGUGGCCAAAGAGAAAGGCUACCCGAUAAUGAAGCACCACCUGCUGCCCAGACCAAAGGGGUUUGCCUACUCCAUUCAGGAACUCAAAGGAAAAUUAAAUGCCGUGUAUGAUGCUACAGUUGUGUUUGAUGACGGCUACCCCUCUCUGAUGGAUGUACUUCAUGGCAAGAAGAUCAUGAGUAGAAUCCGAGCCAGGAGGUACGAGGUCAAAGAUUUACCGGACUCUGAGGAGGAGUUGUCCGAAUGGCUGAGGAAUUUGUUUAAAGAAAAGGAUGAUGUAGUUGAAAAGUUUUACCAAACCAAAGAAUUAGACAGACCAGGAUUUCGAAUACCAAAACGCUACAAUGACCUAGUCAUGCAUAUAUUCUGGAUCAUUGUGACUCUUGUGCCAUUGCUAUUUUACCUAGUCAAUGUUUUAUUCUAUGGAAGUCUUCUUCAUAAAGCUGUGAUAGUCUUAGUCUUUGUUUUAGUAAAUUUAUUAGCCAAAUUUAUGAUUGGUUUCACUCAACUAGAGAAAGGCUCAGCAUAUGGAAAAGUUAUCACCAAAAAGAAGGCGGAAUAGAGAAGGUGGGAGCUAGCUAGGAGAAGAAGAGAGUUCAACACAGGCUACCAUGUCCCCCUUUUACAUGUUAACCUUUAGAAUGGAUUAUUUUGCUUAGUGCCUCUUAUUUAUACCAAAUACCUGCCAAUUUACAUACCACAGAUACUUGUUAAUGCUUUGUUUAGCAGGGUGUUUAUUCAAGAAUAUUCCUCAAACGUACAGUACCAGUUCUACAAAUGUACAUUACAAAUUUUUUUUUUUUAAUUUUAUGAAUGAAAAGAUAUAGUUAUAAAUAUCUAUAUCAAAGGCUGUUUUUAAACUUUUUUGUAUCUAUUGCAGUCACUUUUUAUUUUUAGAAUAUGAUAUUUAGUUUGGAAGUUUAUCCAACAUAAAAAUCAUAAUAAAUAAACAUGACACAUUGUUAUCCCUGAUCUAAGGAACACAUUUAAUUUAACAGCUACCUUAGUUGAUUGAGUAUGACGUACCUUUGGGAAAAUUUUAAUCUGUAAACUCUUUUAACCUAGGUUGUAUGAGUUUAGAAUAUCCAGGGUAACUUCAGUUAAAUUUAGUUAUAGCAAAGUCGUUGGGACCAGUGGAUUUACAUGUACUUCUUUGUAUCAUUCUGUAAUUCGUUUAUUCGCAUAACAAAUUCAUAAUACCGGUAAUCAAGAAACAAUAAAGCGAAUUUGCUAUAUUCAUGUUAUCUUCCAAAGACUACAAUUUAUGAUAAAUAAAAAAUACAUUCUUCGAAUAAUUGGAUUGUUAACUGAAGGAUGUGUGUGGAAAUAAAUUCAUUCAAACUAUUUUGCCAAUUAGUAUUGCUUACUUUAAUUUGAAAAUAUUUAGAAAUUUGUUACAAAGGUUUGAAACUGUGCUAUUUUUCAUCUCUAUGGCUGUAACAAGACUCAAAAUCAAUUUGUUAUAACUGUAAAUUUUGCUUUUUCCGAAUUUGUUAUAAUCUUUAAAUUUUGCAAUGAUUUGUAAAGAAUUUUGCUGGAGACUCAACAAAACUUCAAUGUAUAUCCAAUAUUUCGCUAUAUCUGUGUUCACAUUAAUUAAUACAUGUAGUAAAAGAGUUUUAAUUACUAUCAAGUAUUAAAUUCAUUUUUUUAUUUCAAUAUUUUUGUCAUUUAAUCAAUUAAAUGAAAUAAUUUGUCCUCAGAACAUGAGUAAUUAAUUAUACAUGUAUUUGUAUUCAGUAUAGUAAUAUUAAGUUGUUGAUGCAAAUCAAUUUUU